AUGGGCCGGGGGAUAACACGGGUCUCCGUGCCCGUGGUAAGAUGUGAAAACCCAGAUCAUAUCGCCAAGAACCACGGCAGCAAUGCUCCACAGAUAUUCCACCGAGAUGAAUUCCCUGAAGUCAGUGUUGAGAAGAAGUUCGGAGGAGGCAUAUCAGUUUAUAUGCGGUGGACCGGGCAUCUCCGCCUCCCGGAAUCCGAUGACACAACAAGCAAGCAGUUGUCAGCGCGAAUAGCCGCUGAUACCAUGCGCCAGAGACUGGAGCAGUUUAGGAGAGGGUCCCCGGCCGAAUUCAUCGCGCCCCAACUACUCCCAGGCCGCCUCAUGGAGAUGCAGUGCUUCGAUCCGAACCGCUGCUCUUGUUUGCAAUACAGCGGCAGUGACCUCUUGCCCGGCCACAAAUGGCAACUGAGCCCUCCCGGACAGAGUCAGCAAGCUAUAUGUCGAACGGACCCUAGCAACCAACAAAGCUGUCUCCAUCUCCAGACUUCCGAGGGCAGUGGGCCACAAGGGAAGUCCAGGGGACAGCUUCCUCUGGGGCCUUCUACUAAAAUUUCCAUGUGUGGGAGAAGCGGAACGCCAGACGCGUCUGUCGUCCGAAUUUGGAUGGACUGCUGCCCGGGCGACGUCGACAACUCCAGUCGGUGUCUGCGCAUCAAGUACGAACGCGUCAUUAAGAUAGUACCAACCUAUGUGACCAAAGAACAUACGCCGGACCUGAUUAUGCUAGCGCCGAUCAGUGCCGGCAGACCCCUGCCGAUGUCAGCGGCUUGGUGUCAAGCUCUCGACCCGGACUCCUACGAGUCAAGCAAUCAUGAAAAUAUCCUGUGUGUCAGGGUCGUCGAAGGCCUAGCCCCUAAGCGGCCCAAGUCAUCGACUGCCACUAAUGUCCGCGUCAUGGGCAAACCAGAAAACUCCCAUCAUACUGUCCGCCGGAGCUCACCACCAUCUAAGUCUCUCCAUCAAUGCAAGCCCAUGUGUCCGACGUUCAGCUUCGAUAUCUCCAAGUUUGUCCGCGCUGGUGUGCUCCGAACAAACAAGUGGCACCCAUAUGGGUGGCCGGUAAAAAUCUAG